AUGGCAGCGCAACAGUCAUCUGAUAUUGUCAUCGUUGGUGGUGGCAUAGUAGGCUCUGCCCUGGCCUACUUCUUGUUGUCUUUUGAUGACAGAAAGAAAGUGACUGUGGUCGAACGUAACCUUUCUGGUUUCGAAGGUUCCACCGGUUACGCGCCUCCUGGGUUUGUCGGCCAAUUCAACGAGUCCGAGGUGCUCACUCGCCUUGCCAUUGACAGCGUGGGAGAGUACUUAAAGGUGCCUGGAGGUUUCGAUCAUGUUGGAGGGUUGGAGGUCGCUACGAGUGCUGCUGGACUCGAGAAUUUGAAGUGGAGGCUUGAGACAGCGAAGGACAGAGGCCUCGAAGCAGAGCUGAUUUCAGCUGAGAAGGCCGCAGAUAUGGCGCCUGACUUGGUGAAGGACGAUAAUGUGUCGGCGCUGUAUUUCCCUUCGGAUGGAACGGCAAACCCCCCUACAAUCGCAAGCUUCUUUCGUUCAGAAGCUCGCGCCAGAGGGGCAGAGAUCAUACAGGCCGAGGUCACCGAGAUCUCCAGAAGCGAUGGUCGCGUCAAUGGAGCGAUGACCUCCUCUGGAUUCAUCAACGCCCAGACAGUUAUCCUUGCUACUGGCAUCUGGGCCAGGAAUCUUUGCAACUUCGAUAUACCUUUCCCGAUUAUCCCUGUCGCACAUCCGUAUAUGUAUGGAGAGCGCCACGAAACCAAGCCGUACAAGUCACCAUUCGUCAGAUACCCGGAGCACCAUGUUUAUGCUCGAGACCACGGGUCAUUCUUCGGCCUGGGCUCUUACGACCAUAGACCACUGCCCGAGACACCGAAGACGUCCGCCCAUGGUAGCUGGGUCAAGGAUUUCGAUAAGACACUUGAUCGGGCUUUGAAGCUCAUUCCGGGGAAGACCAACCUGGUUCCUAAGGAGAAGUUCAACGGCAUUUUUUCCAUGACGCCUGACAACAUGCCUUUGGUCGGAGAGAUCCCAGGGACGGAAGGUCUUUACAUCGCAGCAGCAGUUUGGGUCACGCAUGCAGCUGGAUCAGCGAAGUUUUUAAGCCAAAUGAUCAAAGGCGAACCAAUCGAUGCCACGGUGCAGAAGGCGCUCGACCCGAGUCGGUUUAUGGGGCGUGAUAUUGGGAGCUUGGAACGGGAGUCCCUUCAUUGUUACAAUAGCAUAUAUUCGACGUAUGAAGGCUCAUAA